GUUCCCCACUGACGUCUGGCUUCCUGGGUCCGGCCUUUGUUCCUUCACCCCCUCGCUCUCCUUUUCUUAGGCCCCCAGCUGGGCCCGAUGGCGGGACAACGUGCUGGAGUGAGCAUGGAUCUCUGGCCUUUCCAGAGCCCGCCUGACCGGCCCAGCGGAACCUUUGUGGCCCGCGGAACUUUAGUGGGUUGCGUCCGUGUUGCCGGAAGACACGGAGGAGCAGGCAACGGACACGGCGCGGCCGGGGCUUGGCUCUGGUGGGGCGGGGAAGAUGGCGGCGGCCGUCUCGGCGUCUGGGGCCCAGCUGGUGGACUGGUGCAUUCGCCAGCUGCGGGACACCUUCCGGCUGGAUGCAACGAAGAUGUCGUGCAGUAUGUUAUGUCAAUUGAGGAUGCUGAAGAGAUACGAGAAUAUGUUACUGAUCUUCUCCAAGGAAAUGAGGGCAAAAAAGGCCAGUUCAUAGAAGAUCUUAUAACCAAGUGGCAAAAGAAUUAUCAAGACUCAGUUUCUGAUCCUUUGCAGAUAUACAGAAAAAGAGAUGAGAUUUCAGAUGGCCAGAGACUUGGGGACCAGUUGAAGAAAGGUAGGCGCAAGGGAAGAAACAAGCAGGAGGUUCCUGCAUUUGCUGAACCUGAAUCAACUACAGAGGAAGUCAAAACACCACUUGAUUUAGCCAAGGCACAGGAGAUCACCAAUUCCUCAAAGAAGAAGACAAAGUAUGUUAACUUGUAUACAACAGAGGGACAGGACAGGCUUGCUGUUCUCCUUCCAGGACGACACCCUUGUGAUUGUCUGGCCCAGAAGCACAAGCUCAUCAACAACUGUCUGAUCUGUGGGCGGAUUGUCUGUGAACAAGAGGGUUCUGGACCCUGUUUGUUCUGUGGAUCUCUGGUGUGUACUCGAGAAGAACAGGACAUUCUGCAGCGUGAUUCACACAAGAGCCAGAAGCUUCUGAAGAAGCUCAUGGCAGGAACAGAGAGUCCUGGUAAGGUUGAUGUAUUCAACAAGGAUCUGCUUCCUCAUCAGGAAUCUCGGGUUAAGACUGGUCUGGAGAAGGCUGUAAAGCAUAAAGACAAGUUGCUAGAGUUUGACAGAACCAGUGUUCGAAGGACUCAAGUCAUUGAUGAUGAAUCAGACUACUUUGCCACAGAUUCCAACCAAUGGCUAUCCAAGGUGGAGCGGGAAGCUCUGCAGAAGAAGGAGCAGGAACUCCGAGAGCUGCGCCAUGCCUCCCGUCUCUCUAAGAAGAUUACCAUUGACUUUGCAGGAAGGCAGAUUCUAGAAGAGCAAAACUCCCUUACAGACUAUCACAAUAAACUGGAUGAGACAAUACAGGCUAUUAACUCUGGAGCCUUGAGUAAGUCUAUAACAAAACUAGAAGGAUCGUCUGAAAAGCCUUUGGGAGUUCUAGUGAAUCCACAUCUGCUCCAGCCUGCACCCUUGUGGGUAGACCAGACUAGCUCAGCCCCACAGAAGAAGACUCUUCUUUCAGCAGGUUCUAAUCUGGAGCUCAGCUCGGAGAGGAGCCGUCUUCGAAUUCAGGACCGAGAAUUUCAGGAAAUCUCUGAUGAUGGUUGGUGCCUCAGCAUGCACCAGCCCUGGGCCUCACUGCUUGUCAGGGGCAUUAAAAGGGUGGAGGGCAGAACCUGGUACACGUCUCACAGAGGAAGACUAUGGAUAGCUGCAACUGCCAAAAGUCCUUCCUCUCAAGAAAUCUCAGAACUGCAGGAUACAUAUCGCCUUCUUCUUGGAAAAGAUUUGGAAUUUCCCCGUGAUUAUCCAUCAGGAUGUCUCCUAGGUUGUGUGGACCUGAAUGACUGCUUGCCUCAAGAGCAAUUUAAGGAACAGUACCCAGACCUCAGUCAAGAAUCUGAUUCUCCGUUUGUCUUCAUCUGCACAAAUCCCCAAGAAAUGAUCCUGAAGUUUCCUAUCAAAGGAAAACACAAAAUCUGGAAACUGGAUUCCAAGAUCCAUCAAGGAGCAAAGAAAGGGUUAAUGAAGCAGAAAGCCACUGUCUGACUGAGAAAAGGAACCCACACUUUGCUAGUGGAGAAUCCAGAGUUGUGUGCUUCCUUUGAAGUGGAGGCAGUAAAAAUCUCUAGGCUGGACUUAAGCAUUGACUCUCUCAGAAUAUAAACUCUUAACAAACUGUCAUAAGUUCUUGGGAGUGUGUGGAGAGAGGGUGGAGGGAAGAUGCUUUCUUCACACAGUGGGCUAAACCUUGUGUACUGUUUAUAAAAAUAAUUUUAAAAUUCCA